AUGGCGCCGAUACGCGUGCUCACGGCGCUGGACCACGCCCGCACGCAGUACUACCACUUCAAGGCCAUCAUCAUCGCCGGCAUGGGCCUCUUCACCGACUCCUACGACCUCUUCUGCAUCGUGCCCGUCAUGAAGAUCAUCGGGCGGGUGUACUACCCUUCGCCCGCCGGCGACGGGAGGCCGGGCGUGACGCCGCCCGCCGUCGUCUCGGCCACGGUCGGCGUCGCCCUGCUGGGCGCGGUGGUCGGGAACCUCCUCUUCGGCGCGCUCGGCGACCGCGUCGGGCGGCGGCGCGUGUACGGCCCAUGCCUGCUGCUGCUGGUGUGCAGCUCCAUCGGGAGCGGCUUCUCCAUCUGCCGCACGCGCGGGUGCGUGCUCUCCAGCCUCUGCUUCUUCCGCUUCAUCCUCGGGGUGGGCGUCGGCGGAGACUACCCGCUGUCGGCGACCAUCAUGUCGGAGUUCGCCAACAAGCGCACGCGGGGGGCGUUCAUCGCCGCCGUGUUCUCCAUGCAAGGGUUUGGGAUACUGGCCAGCUCCGGCGUCACCAUGGUCGUCGCCGCCGCGUUCGACCGGUUCACGGGCCACCCGGACCCGCUUGACACUCCGGAGGCUGCUGACCUUGCCUGGCGCGUCAUACUCAUGGCCGGCGCCGUCCCUGCCGGGCUCACCUUCUACUGGAGGAUGGCCAUGCCAGAAACAGCCAGGUUUACGGCGCUGGUACAGCGCGAUGUGCUCAAGGCGACCAGCGACAUGGGCUGCGUCCUCACGGACCUCGACCUGAACGCGAUAUCCGAGGGGGAGGACGCGGCGGCCAUGCCCCGCACCCCGGCGCCGUUCGGGUACGCGCCGGCGGCUCAGUACGGCCUCUUCUCGCGCGGGUUCCUGCGGGAGCACGGCCGGGACCUGUUCGGGUGCGCGGCGACGUGGUUCCUGCUCGACAUCCCCUACUACAGCAGCACCCUGUUCCAGUCCCAGAUCUACCGGCCGUGGUUCAAGCCGGCGAGCCACCAGAACGUCUUCCAGGAGGCGUACAACGUGGCGAGGUUCCAGGCCAUCAUCGCCGUCGCCUCCACCAUCCCGGGGUACUUCGCCGCCGUCCUGCUCAUCGACCGCACCGGCCGGCGCCGACUGCAGAUGGCCGGCUUCUUCCUCAUGGCCGCGUUCUUCUUCACGCCGGAGACGAUGAGGCGGUCGCUCGAGGAGAACGAGAGCGAGCGGGAUCAGAACCAGGACGGCGACGGCGGGAUGUGCUUCCAGGAACUAACUCUGACGCCCAAGAGCCCGGGGUCCUUGGUGAGCUCGCACGUUAGCACGUCGCCUAUCCAUCCGCACCGCUUUUCUGUAUGA